AAAAGUGAAAAGUGUUACGAGCGUAUGUCCGUUGCGCAAGAAAGAACUGAAUGCUCUGACACGUGUUUUGCAAAUUUGUGAAACGUAUUACCAUAACCUCUGAAGACAUAACCUCAAAACACCAUCAUGGGAAAGUUGAACGUGACAAUGUUGCGUUAUCUGAGUCGUGAAGAUUUUCGCGUUUUAACAGCCAUUGAAAUGGGAAUGAAGAAUCACGAACUCGUUCCAGCAUCGUUGGCUGCUCAGAUAGCCAAUCUGCGGCAUGGCGGAGUACACAAAUUACUGAAAGAGUUGUGUAAACAUCGUUUGUUGAGUUACGAACGCGGGAAACAUUAUGAUGGUUAUCGUCUCACUAAUUCAGGAUACGAUUAUCUGGCUCUGAAGGUUCUAGCGACACGAGGUGUCCUUUCGUCGUUCGGCAACCAGAUUGGAACUGGAAAGGAGUCGAAUAUCUAUGUAGUAGCUGAUGAGCAAGGGAAUCCUGUCUGCUUGAAGCUACACAGGCUUGGAAGGACUUGUUUCCGAAAUAUAAAAGAUAAAAGGGAUUAUCAUCAGCACAGAAAAUCCAUGUCUUGGCUCUACCUUUCACGAAUAUCAGCUACACGGGAAUUCGCCUACAUGAAGGCACUUCUUGAUCGAGGAUUUCCUGUACCGAAGCCCAUCGAUUUUAAUAGACAUUGCCUUGUUAUGGAGCUUAUUGACGGCAAACCAUUGUGCGGAGUUUAUGAGGUUGGCGACGUAGAAGGUCUCUACCAAGAUCUGAUGGAUCUUAUUUAUCAGCUUGCAAAUCACGGUGUUAUUCACGGAGAUUUCAACGAAUUCAACAUCAUGAUAAACAACGAAGGAAAACCAAUAAUCAUUGACUUUCCUCAAAUGGUUUCGACGCAGCAUCCAAACGCUGAAUUAAUGUUUGACAGAGAUGUGAACUGUAUUCGAGACUUUUUCAGAAGACGUUUUGCGUACGAAAGUGAAUUCCAUCCAAAGUUUUCGGAUAUCUCGCGUGAAGAUUGCGUAGACAUAGAAGUAAGCGCGAGCGGAUUGACAAAGAAAAUGGAAAAAGAUCUAUUAAUUGAAAUGGGAAUAGAUGAAGAUGACGUGAAUAGCGAAGAUAACGAUGACAAAGUAGCUGACGAAGACAAUUUAGAAAAUGAAAUUGAAAAAUUGAAACUCGAAGUGCAGAAAGCGUCGGAAGAAGACUUCAAGGAAGACCUUGGGGAGUCCCAAAAAUCAGUCGAAACAACAGAAACUACGGAAAGAGAUAUCGAGGCAAAAGAUAUCAAAGUCGACGCCACAGCAAAGGGGCAAAAUAUUUUGGCAGAGGAUAAAGGCAUAAAAAAAUCCGAUGUCUUAGCUCAAAAUAUAAACUGUAAUGUAUCGGACGAUGAGUCAGUUUACAGCCAAGCCCAGAGUGUGGCGCAAAGUGUUAGAAGUAUUUCAACAGCGGCUACAAUCGCUCCAGAUGUAAUUAAGAAGCGAGUUAGAUCAUCGUUGGAGAAAAGAGCGAGGAAAAACAACUCUCGAAAAGUGCUUGCAAAGGGUGAGGCCAGCGCUACAACCAGAAGUCGUAGAGAAAAUCGCGACAACAUCAAAGAAUCUACCGGCUCUGGUAUUUGGGGCUGCGAAUGAUUGUCUGGACAUGUUAUCGCGGAACUUUUGUCAAGGAAAAAUCGAUUGUUGAAUGAAUCUGAGGUUUACAAUACGAUGCUUGAUUUUUGUAUGUAUGUGUACAUAUUCUAGUGAUUUUUUUUUUGUUUUUUCAUUCGAUCGAUUAGUUGAACUAUAGAUAGUAGGACUGUGC